AUGAAAAUAACAAAUUUAAGUCAGUCCACUCAGGAUGGAGAUCUAUUCCUAAUUCAAGUUCAAAAAGUUACUAUUCUAUACGGCUCCACCUUAAAGCUUUCGAGCAUAUUGAACUACUUGCCUGCGCAUUUCAACUUCCCAGAGGACGAUGAAUUAGAUGGUUUGGCUUCUAAUUCUGACAGAAACUCUCCAAAAUCUUAAAAGAGAUAAAAGCUUCAGGACAAGGAGGAGUAGUUUGCCUAACUGCUGCAGCCACUUAAUAUUAACGAUUGUGACUUCGAGUCUUUUCCCAAUCCAGAUAUCUUGCAACCUCAGAAGCCGUUUACUAAGCUCAAAUAUACAUCUCAAUCUAAUGCUACAGAUGGUCUCCAAGCCAAUACUAAUAACAAGUUGUAUAAGAAACUAGACGGCAGGUACUUCAUUGACAAUGAAUCUAUUAAGUUCGAGUUAAGGAAGUUAAACAUAGUGCAGCUCAGUGACAUUGACAUAAUUCUGGUGUGCAACUUCAAUGAUAUCUAUGGACUGCCAUUCAUCACCAGACUCCAGUCUCAGUUCAUGGGGAAGAUAUACAUGACUCUGCCAAUGGGUUAGAUUGGCUAGCAGCUAUUGAAGGAAUUUGUGAUCUAGAAUGACAACAGAAAUUUGACUAAAGAUCUAGGGAGCAAGGACUCAAGUUACUUUAAGCAUGAGAAACUCAGGGAGUUAUUCAAAAGAUAGGGCAUCGAUGAGUGGCAGGAUUUAUAUACAUAUGCAGAUAUUGAGAGAUGCUUUACUGAUUAUGUCAAGUUGCUAAACUAUAAUGAGUCAUUUACCUUUGAUAAUCUUAUCAAAAUGACACCCUUGUCUAGUGGAUUGCAUCUAGGCUCAUGCAACUGGCUAUUGGAGAUUGGUCAGCACAGAGUAGGCAUUCUUAGUAAUUCAUCUGAGGAGGGAGAUUUCAGAUACCCUCUGUACUUUAAUGUGGAAGAUUUAUUUAAGAACUUGGAUGUGCUAAUUGUUGGUUCAAUUUUGAAGUAGCAAAAUGACUAACUUUUCUUUUGGCAGCAGAGUAAAUUAUUCUAUGAAAAGUUGAAUAAUUGCCUUAAUAGCUCUCUGAACGCUAAAGUCUUGCUUCCAGUCCAGCCUACCUUUAUCCUCGAGAUAAUUGACAUAUUGAUUCACAAACUGACAAAUGUUAGAAUAAUCUUCAUCUCUGAAUCAGCUGACUAGAUUAUGCAGUAUGCAAACAUCAGUGUUGAGUAUUUGAACCAAAAGCUUUAAACUAAGAUUCAGGGUUCUGAGAAUCCUUUUCAAUUCGAGAAGCUUCUCAAUGAUGACAGAAUGCAGGUGUUCAGCAAUAUAGAGCAGUAUCUUGAACAUAAAAAGGAGAAGCAGCUGAUGAAUGGAGGCAUCGGCUCUUUUGAUGAGUUUUCAAAGGAGAUCAUCAUCACGAGUCAUCCGAGUAUGAGAUUAGGUGAGUCUAGCUACUGGCUUAAUCACCUCAACAAGAACAAUCAGUCUCAGAGUUUUAUGAUCUUGACUGAUAGCUAAUUCUGCCACGAUGAACUGCUGAUGAAACCAUUUGCUAAGGCUAAUAACGUCAAGGUACUCUACUCACCCAUCGAUCCAAAUUUGACCUUCACACAGCUCAACAAUAUUCUCAAUAAAUUCAAACCUAAAAGGCUGAUAUGUCCUGCUUCUUAUACCCGUGAGCAGAAAUCUGUGGGCAUUGAUCAAGCGAACUUCAAAAAUGCCCUAAUUAUCUAGGAUCUCGAAGGCACUGUAGUUAACACAAUAAAAGAAAGCAUGACUGUUUGUCUAACUGAUGAUGACAUAGGCACUCUGAAGUAUAAGGGUCUGUGUCCAACUUUAAUAGCAAAUAAGAUAAAGAUUAAGAAUAAAAACCAACAGAAGAUUUCAAGAGUUCAAGGCAUCGAUAUCGAGUUCAAGGAUAAUUAGUAUACCAUAGUAGAUGUAGUCUCAGGAUAAGAUCAGACUGAGCAAAAGUAAGCUCUGAGCCUUUAUAGCAAACUACUUGAACUCAACCAGUCUAAGUAAUCAGAUCAAAGGUAAAAUUCUGGCUAAAUUUAGCAAUCAAAAAUAAGCAAUAAUACUAGAUUGAUUAAGGUGAACUCCUUGAUCCCACUGGACAAGAGUUUGAACUAGCUGAGAGUGACACUGCAGUAAAGUGGAUUUAAAAAUCAUCUGGAGGAACUAGAGGAUUUAGGAAUAAUUAAGUUAGAGGAGUAUGAUUGCUAGAUUAGUGUUGAUUAUAGAGAGAGAUGUAUAAGUGUAGAGUGUUAAAAUGAUUUCUAAGUCAUGAUUAAAGUUAAUGAUACAAUCAAGAAAACUCUCAAGUUGAUUUGA